GAAGCUCAAGCUUGGGAAUAUUAUUGAAAUGCUCGAUUCCUUUGAGAACGAACGAGAGUUUUGUGUUGUCACUGAGUUUGUCCAAGGUGAGUUGUUUGAGAUUCUUGAAGAUGACAAGCGCCUUCCCGAAGAGCAAGUUCAAGCCAUCGCUAAGCAGCUGGUAAAAUCAUUUGCAUUACUUGCAUUCCAACCAUAUAAUUCACCGUGACAUGAAGCCACAAAACAUUCUUAUUGGUGUUGGGUCUGUCGUUAAGCUAUGCGAUUUUGGAUUUGCUCGAGCUAUGUCUACCAACACUGUGGUUUUGCGAUCCAUUAAAGGCACUCCACUGUACAUGGCGCCAGAGCUUGUGAGAGAACAGCCAUACAAUCACACUGCUGACCUGUGGUCCCUUGGUGUUAUAUUGUAUGAAUUAUAUGUUGGUCAACCUCCAUUCUACACUAAUUCUGUUUACGCUCUAAUCCGACACAUUGUUAAGGUGCCCCAAAGUCAAUUGACCUGGCCUGCUCUUCUCGAGCACCCCUUCAUUAAAGAUUCACUAGAGGAAGUUGAAGCCAGGGAAAUGCAUACUGCGGUAGUUAGACAUAAGGCAGCCUGGAGACUCAAAGAAAGUGGAGGUCAACAGAAAAAUGGUCUGACUAACUUCAAAAAGUGUGACUCGUCGACCCCAUUUAAGGACGCCUCUGCUCCCGGAGUUGUAGCUGCUGCUCAGUCAGAUAUGAAGAGUGCUGUCAAAGUAAAUUAUCCCUCUCCUGAGGAUUUCCUCGGAUUCUCAACCCAUGAGGUUAUUAAAAGUUCAGGUAAUGGGAAAUGUUAUUUGUAACCUCUUCUUCUUACUUUGAGAAUCUAGAUUUAUCCAACAGAUACAUAGAAGCGAGCAGUGCAUGUAUAUAUAUGUACUUUCAGUUUUAUUUAUGUCUAACAGUUUGGUUAAUCAUUCGGUUCAUCCAAAUCGAACCGAACCGAACCGGUAACCAAAUUGAUUUUUAAAUCUUGUUGAAUUAAACCAAAAUCAUAGUCGAACAUAAACCAAAAACCAACAAUUUUGGUUUAAGUUCGGCUCCGUAUAUAAUUUUAACAUAUUCAUGUCAUGACUAGACUAGUAAUGCUGUCAUAACUUAAGUCACAAGGCAGUCUUCUGACCGAACCAGCCUAACCGGAAAUAAACUUCAAAAAGUUUAUUUCUAAAAUUUACUUCUAGAGACACUUUAUGAGUUUUCAGUUAUACUUAGAGACACAUUUGACUUGUCACACACAUUUUGCGUGUCUAAAGACACUAACACCCCUCAACUAGACCAAACUUUAGUUUCUCAUUCCUCUUCUCUCCUCACUUGUUAUGAAACUCAUCCUCUUUUUUAUUAAAUGAAGGGUAUAACAAAUUUAUCCUCUUUCCUAAUUCAAUUAUAAUUUCUUAAAUGCUCAAACCUAAUAAUGAAACUUCGAUAAAAAUCAAAAGAGGAUUGAUAGGUGUGAUGAUAAGACCAGAGCUUGUAAUGAAAUUGAUCGCGGACGAGCUCAGGAUUCCCCGUGGCUCGGGAUUCACCGUGGCUGAGCUCAAGGUAGCUGCGAUGGAGUUUCAGAGAGUGGAUGAGCUUGGGAAUCAGGGACUGUUUCACCGCCUCGAGAACCCUUAAAAUUCAUCGGUCAUUUCAAAUCCACUGUGAGAUAACUUCUUUCCAAAUUUCUUUGGAACUAGUCAACUAGAUCUGAGUGUUGGUGAGAGGGUCUUUGAUCCGUUCGAGAAUGAAAAGUUUGAUAGGUUUGAUUAACAAAAUACAGAGUGCUUGCACUGUACUUGGAGAUCACGACGGUGAAGGAAUGUCGUUAUGGACAAGAUACUUGUGGUCAAGAGAAUUGUGUUAUAGAAGAGAUAAUUGUGAAAAUGAUAGUUAUGGACAAGAUACUUGUGGUCAAGAGAAUUGUGUUAAAAUUAUUCAUAUGUACAUGUAACAUGUCCAUAAUUUCUUAUCCAUGUUUUUGUAUUCACGUCUAUUCAUCCACAAAUAGCCAUCCAUCAAAAUCUAUCUACAAAAACUUCUCUGCAUAUAUAUAUUAUGUCCAUGACAUCUUAAUUGUCAACAACAUAUCGACCAAUUGAAUAUCCACAAAAUACAUAUUCAUCGUAUCGUAAUCUAACACAAGUUUGUCUUUCCAAUGAAUAUCCACCAAAUAUGUGUCCACUAAAAUCAUGUCCAUGCAAUUUUAUUAUUUUGUUGUAUAAAAAGGUAUAUCAAACUAGAUGUUAGAAUAUAGAAGAAAAAAAAAUUCUAAUUUUAGGUAGCAUAAAAUUUUGUUUUAAAUAUCAUAGAAAGCAAAAUAGUCAAAUACAUACAUGAAAGGAUGAAAUAUUUAACAACUAAUACUCCUAAAUAUCUUUUAUUUUUUAUUCUCUUUUCCACAACCUGAUAGAGUUACAGAACCGAACCGACACGUCUCAAAUCAAACCAAGUCUCCAAACCGAAAUACACUACGUAAUUGAUAACGUAAAAUCUUUAUUGUUUCUUUUCUGCAUUUUGUUUCAGUUGAUAAUAAGAAGAGAAUAGGACUUCCUUGUAUAUAGAAAACCAUCUCCUCCACUUUCCCUUAAUUCCCAUGUUGAAAGGAGUUACGACUCCACUUUGCUUCUGUAUCUUCUCUAUUUAAAUGAAUGAAAAAGCCAAAAAGAGGCAAUCUUAAUUGCCCAAAAAGUAUUGUGUUCUUCUUUGCUUUCAGUUUGCUUAAUUACUUGGUUCUCAAGCUUUGACCAAAAGUCAUAGCUAUCACAACCAUUAGAUUGUUUUCUACAAUCAGAUCCUAUGGCUCUUAUUGUUGUUAAUCUAAUGAGAGAAAGUACACGUCAGUGUCAUGUUUUAUUAAAAAUGGAAAGACAUCAAAAUGGAGAACGAGAAUUUUACUUUUCUAGUCACCUACUAGUUAGUUUACAAAAGACCUAUUACGACAAUGACUUGCGCCUGGGGCAUAUUGGCCAUUUUUCUGCCUCAAACGCAGUGAAUGUGUUGCUUCAGCAAAAUGUGUUUCUGAGAGUAAUAAUAAAGACAAAAGUGUCUUAAAGAGUAACUCACUCUUUUUCUUACAAGUUCCGUAAAUUUUAUAUCCAAUAAUUUAUCAAAUUCAAUUCAAUUACAAAUUUGUUAUUAGAAGAUUCUAUUUUCAGUUAGAGAGUAUAUUUUUCUAGUUAUCUCUAACACAGUCUAAACCCACCUUAUCGGAAAUAAUCUUCAAAUAUAUUUGUUUUCUUUGGGUGCAACUGGAAUGCUUAUUUGUGGGAUAAAUUUAUCUGGAAUGCAUCAUUCCAUUGAAUUCCAUGAAAUAUUUACCAGUUAGCAUAUUUAACUUCCACAUAGACUUUAUUUAUCCCAUUCAAAUGCAACUAUCGAUUUGUUAUUACAAGAUUCUAUUUUCGGAUAGAGACUGUUGUUUUGUAUCUGCGUAUCUCUUACACAGUCUUGUGUAAAAACGAAAUAAGAGCGGAAAUUGUCUGUGAAGAAGAACAAAACAUUCUAUAAAAA